AUCGGAACCACGACUCCCCUGCUUCUUGCCACCUUACAUCCUUCCAGCACUUCUCGUCGUCGUUGUCAACGAUGGCGAAAGGUCCUUCUCUACUGUCGUCACCCAAACCAACGACGAUCUGCCCAUCUCAAACUCACAUCGGCCAUGUACAAUUACGAGAUCUCAUUAUCUGUCCUCGACAACAGGGAGUAGUUAAUUAUGUCAACCAGCAGUCGAUCGUUGAACACGACCUUCACGCCCCAAACUCAACCCCCCAUACCCUCGUCGACCUCCAUUACACCCCAAAUACACUAUCGUCAUUGCAGGUUUAUGAUUCUGAACACACGCUUCUCGCGGCUGGCGGUCAAGAAGCCGAGAUUCAUCUCUCGUUACAUGAUUCAAAGAGAAACAUCAAGCCUUUGUGGCGACUGGAUGACCAGCUGCACGCGUCUAUCAACAACUCCGUUCUCCUCACAUCCAUGAAUCUCGCAAGGUCAAAUGAAAGCAGCGUUGAGCCCAAGAUUGUCGUGAGCAAUAAUGAUUGCUCGGUCAAGUUUUACGAUGUUCCGUUACGUGUUAGGAACUCCCCCAAACUCGACAAGGAGGUUGGGAGUAUGCGGCUGAAUGUCCCCGUGAAUCAUUCUUCCAUUUCUCCCGACGGCUUGACCUUAUUAUCCGUUGGCGAUUCUUCUAAUAUCUUUCUUCACCGAAUUUCCGGUGGUUCAAGGCUAUCUUUUACCCCCAUCACGAACCUCACGAUGCCUCCUCCUGAUCGCUCGCCUCUUUCUUUUCCCUCGACCUCUUUGGCCGCCUCCUUUAGCACCGCUUUUUCGCAUGACGGCAUGAAGUAUGCUGUUGCCUCACAGGAAGGGGUAGUUGCCAUUUGGGACGUGCGCAGCACCAAAACACUAAAGGUCUUUCAGACGGACAAAGGUAGGUUACCGUCAGAAGGAGGUCAUUGGACUGGUGGCUGGCUAUCAGACGAUCCCUAUGAAUGGACUAGGGGCAAUUCCAAAGCCCCGGGAUGGAGUGUUCGGAAUGUCAAAUUUGGGAGCGGCGGAAACGGUAUCGGGAGAGAAAUCAUGACGUUCACAGAGCACACGUCGUUUCUACAUGUCGUCGACGCCAGAACGUUCGAAACGGAGGAAAUAAUACAUAUCCCACCAGUUUCCUCCAGAGCUAGCACAAACCCUCAGCGCCAGGUCCCGUCCAGAACACCCUCGCAACAGAAUCUUCACGCCUCAUCACAAUCGAGGUCUCGAUCUCGUGCAUUCGUGUCUCGCCCGUAUCAACGUCCACUCCGCUCCAAUAACCCUCGGCAUGUCGCUGUUUCUGCGACAUCACAUCUCGGAGGAGGGACUACAAGGCAUGAGUCAACGAUGCCGCCGUAUGUGGUACUAGCGUUGGAAGACACGUUCAGAAUCUCUCCUCGAGGAUCGUCCUCUGACGUGUCGUCUUCAGGUAAUCGCGCUCUUUGGCGUUCCCGUACCACUGAAAGACUCACCGAUGGAGACUUGGGAUAUGGCGAUCGCUAUAUUCCGAGUAGCGCAUUGCGAGAUGACGAAGAAGACCUCGUAGUCAUACCACCUUUUGGUGAUAGAGAGGUCGAAGAAAAUGUUCGGGUACUGUUCAACCAUGGUUUAGGUACCAGAUCCAGAGGCUUUGGGAGUUUCGGCAAUGUCACCGUUGGGGUCCGUGGUUCCUCCAUCGACCAUGAUGAUGGCGACUCCCGCGAUCCCGAGAAUGUCGCCGAUGACCGGGAUCGUAUGGAUGUGGACGACCGCGAUUUUGAGAUGGAAACCGAAUGGGACUGUGUGUCGUCUCAUGUUCCGUCGAGGAGUUCGACGCCUCCGCCGCCCAUCAGUGUUUCUGCGAGUGGAAGAUCCAAUGGGAAUACUAACGUCAACCGGUGGCGGUCAUGGUCACGAGUUCCUCAAGAGAUACAAGAUACCAUUGAAGAUCUGGAAGGCGAUAGCGUGGAACAAACUCGCACUUCUGCCGAUCACAACAAGUACUACGAUAUGGAUAUCGCAGGUACUUGUUUUGACCCAUCAGGUAGUCGGAUAUAUGUUGCCACCACCGAGAGUGUAUCCGAGUGGAGUGUUAGAGGUGGGGAGAAGAGGUGGUGGGCUGAUUCGGGGACGGAGGCGUGGUGUUGAUUCUUUUCACCCGCGAAAACACGACGCCCACCCGCUCGACUUUUCCGUGUAUUUAUCGCAUUGUUUUGCCAAACUGUUUGAUACCUCCAUUGUCCUUUGUAAGUACCUUGUAUCUGAUGUAUCGACUCCUCUCCUUCUACACUUUCACUACAUUCCACGUCCCGGUUCUACCCACAUAUCCUUUAUAUCCCUCUCAAUACUUCCGAUACCUUCUUCUGGCUCGUGGCGUCGACAUAGGUAUUCAUUCCUCGGAGUUUGAAUGUCGUUUUUCACUUGCUCUAUAGGUUGGACUGGGUGUGGUACGUUUUGGUCCACUGUUCUUUGUCGUGUAUUCAUCUAGUGCCUGUUGUACCGUUACUCUCUGAUCUAUGUAUGCAAAAAUUGGUGGAACCCGUGUAAACGUAGUUUUAGGCGACUGGCUCAUUCGGUACUUUCGGGACAUGCAUUCAACGUUCACUGGC